GUUCAAAGAGCAGGAAUCCACAGACAAAUAUUCCGCAAAGCCAGCGAACGGCUAAGUGGAUGUUUGUUUUGACCCGUGGAAUACUCGGAGGACCACGCGUAGUUUGACAGCUGGGAUACACUUGGUGCCUUACCACUGUUCUGUGAAGGAAGUGUUAGCCAAUUGGAUAGCUGCAUGUGUGAGGCCACACCCAGCAAUGGAACCCUGGCCUAUAGGGGCCUGGGUACUACUGCUGGCUCUCAUUGCUGAUUGGCUAACAACGACUGAAUCACGGGACUUCACAGCGAAAGACAUCAUCUUCCUCUAUCCAUCAACGACACCGUACCCAGGUGGGUUCAAGUGUUUCACCUGUGAGAACGUAACGGACAACUACGACUGCAAUCGCUGGGCUCCGGACGUGUACUGCCCAAGAGAAACCAGAUACUGCUACUCCUGCCACAAGAUGGACUUUCAAGGGGGCAGCUUGUCUGUGACAAAGCGCUGUGUGGCCCUGGAGGAAUGCCUCUCUACAGGGUGUACUGAAGUUGACCAUGAAGGAAACAAGGUGUGCACUGCUUGCUGCGAGGGGAACAUGUGCAACAUGCCAUUACCGAGAAAUGAAACGGACGCCGUCUUCGCCACCACCUCUCCGAUAAAUCACGCCAGCCAGCUUUCGCCAGGCCUGGCCGCAUCCUGCUUCACCGCCAUUGUCAUCAUCCUCAUUUACAGCCACACAUGAAGAGUGCGCCGCAAUAUAGGCCAAAUUAGACAUUUGUAAAAAAAAAAAAACAUUUCACAGUGUAAUGUUAGACCGAUUUUAUCUUUUUUACCCCUCUCUCCAGUAUUAUAACAGUGGUGAAACUGUAGAAAUAGUUGUUUGCAGCAGCAUGUUCAAACCUGCUUGGUUUUUAAGGUUUUAUUUUGUUGGGAGGUAGAUUGUCUUUUAAUUAACAGACACUAUGAGCUGGAAGAGUAAUGUUCUACUUUGGGCAAAUUUGAAAGGAUUUGAAAGUCAACUUAAUUAUAAUGUUGCAUUUAUAUGUUGAAUGUGUAAUAUAUAUGUACAUAUAUAGUAUUUAUUUUUGUACAUGAUAUUGAUUCUUAACAAUGGUGUUGAAGUUUUUGCAUUUAGGUCAGAGCAUGUAAGUUUGUAGAAGCUGGGAUUAAUUUCCUGUUAGAACUGAUAACAAGCUUUCAUCCAUUAAUGCCACAUAGGAAAGUAUGGGUGCUGUGGGUUACCAAUCCGCCACUGAAUUCUUUGCAUGGUUUGGCAGGACAUUUCCUAUUUCUGUUUGAUGUUCCUUUUCAAAUGUCUGCAUUUGUUUUUUAAAUGGUAUUUUCCGUAACACACUUUAUGCUAAUACUGUUUUUUACUUCCUGUCCUAAUGACAAAGCUUUUUUCAAACAAGUUCAUAAUUUUCUGUAGAUGUCACUAUGGCCAGAUAAUGUUAGAUCAGCCUGUAAAUGAGGACAUUUUAAUACGGUUUUUUGUUAAUAUAUAAAUGUGUUUUCACUGUUAUGUAUCCUAAUGAAACUCUUGUCGUAACAUUCAUGUAUUCUAAGACUGAAUGGACUGACCUCCAUGUUUUAUGAAUGCUUAAGACAAAGGUCUCAAACUCAAGUCUCGAAGGGCCGCAGUGUUUGCAGUUUGUUGUGCGAUCCUUUCAAUCAGCAACUAAUUUAAGGCAACUGGAUUUGUGGAUUCUUAAACCAAUCCGACUUAUAUGAAUCACUGGUGCUGAAACACACUGAAAAACAGCAGGCACUUCAAGGACUGGAUUCUGCCUCCUGGGGCUUCAGGCGUUCUGUCCUGCUUUUCCUUUCCUGUGGUAUGUGGCUGUGGGCCUCAUGUAUGCGGUCAGUUUGCCGGUGAUGUGGUCAGAGUGAAAAUGCAGAGGUUGCAAGUACAGUGUUAUUGUUUCUGUAGCUUCGUAGUUUAUUUAGGCUGACUGCCUGUGGGCUGUGAUAGAAGAUUAACUUCCUAUGUUAUCUCUUGUGAUUUUAAUCCCCCCCUAUCAGCUACUGUGAGGGGCUGUGACUAAACCUUAUCCAAAAAAGGACAAAAAAAUAUGACCGUAAUUCACUCCUGUUUAUACGUUGUUUCUGUUCUGCAAACAGCACAUGAGGAGAUAUUGAUUGGUAGCAAACUGAGCUGGGUAGAAUUUAGUGCUAAUAAAUAUCCCCUAAAAUAUUAGCUAAAUAUUAGGCUACUCUCUUAAAAACGAUCAGGUGAUUACAACUUUUGAGUGAUAAUAUAUAAGGUAUAAAUGGCCAACAGGAAUUUAUAUUUCUUUUGGCAAAACAGCAAUUGGUAUUAGAAAAUGGAUGCCUGAGAUGGAGUUUGUUAGAACAUUCCAGCAACAUUUUAAGUUAGAGAUUUAUAGAUCAGUAGAUUUAUAGAUCAUAAUUUUAAUAUAUGUCCUGUUAAAUAACUGCCUGUGCUCCUUUCUUUUUCAGUGUAAAAGGUGACAGUGUCCAUAAAGGGCUAAAUCAGAUUGUAACUGAGUAAAAAAAUCUUCUCCUUCCCUGUACUGUAAAUGAAGUUAGAAGCUGUUGAUGUGUGAAUUUUGUGAUCUGUAAAUAUUGUAUAUGUAAUAUCCAUGUAUAUAAUUGUAUGAAACUGUAUAUAUUCAUUUUGAAACUUCAUAUUAAAAAUGAAGGAAAGACCUUUUAACUAA